GCUCCCCGGUGCGCUGUCGGUGCCUCCGGAACGACAGGCGCGGCGGCUAGACAAAUAACAAGCAAAGCAGAAGAAGGGCGCUAUAUCACAAUGACGCCCCUGAAGUAAGAAAGGGCGCUAUAUCACAGUGACCCCAUUGGAGUGAAUAGAAGAAGGGCGCUAUAUGAAAGUGACCCCUUUGGAGUGAAUAUAGGAAAGGCGCUAUAUGAAAGUGCCUGAGAGUGAGCCGGGGUUCGCGGACGAGUGGGACGCCGAGUAACAGGGAGCUACGCACGGCCAUGUGGUGCUUCCAGAUGAAGCCCCCUCAAUGAGCUGAAUCCCUUGAUCCCCACACCCCCUCCCAGCGUUGGCUGCAGGACUGAGGGAUGUCACAAGUGUCUUUCCUGAUAGCCCUGCUCAUGGUCUCUUCCAGCUCCCAGGUUUCGUCAGCAAAAUCCUUGAAGGUCUUGAUGGAACAAUGGAUGAGCUACAAGAAUGAAUGUACCCACAACAUCAGCCAUGACCCCCCGGCCGCUGUUGUGGUCUGCAAUCGAACCUUUGACAACUAUGCCUGUUGGCCUGAUGGGAUGCCUGGUAGCACUGUGAAUGUGUCCUGCCCCUGGUUCCUGCCCUGGCACCGCAAAGUCCAGCAGGGCUUGGUGUAUCGCGCCUGUGGUGCAGAUGGACAGUGGGGCCCCAAGAACACUAGCGAUUGUGAGCAGGACGACCCUAUGGAGCAUCAGUAUGGCAGGAUCCUGGGCAAGCUGAGGGCCAUGUACACUGUGGGAUACUCACUGUCCUUGGGGGCCCUGGUCCUGGCGCUGACCAUCUUGGUGGCCUUCAGGAAGCUGCACUGCAUGCGCAACAAUAUCCACAUGAACCUGUUUGCCUCCUUCAUCCUGCGGGCUCUCUCCAUUCUGGCGAAGGACGCCCUGCUGGACACCACCAACUACAGCCUGUCUCAGGGUGCUGCCACACCUGACUACCAGGUGGAGCACUGGCUGAAUCCGCAGACAGCUACAGGGUGCCGCCUUGCUGUGCUGAUGAUGCAGUACAGCGUCAUGGCCAACAACUACUGGCUGCUGGUGGAGGGCAUCUACCUACACAACCUUCUGGUGGUUACAGUCUUCACUGAGAAGAAUUACUUCAACAUUUACCUAUGCAUUGGCUGGGGUGCUCCACUGAUAUUUGUGUUGCCCUGGGUGACGGUGAAGUACCUCUAUGAGAAUCAUGAGUGCUGGGAGAGGAACAUCAACAUGGGUUUCUGGUGGAUCAUCCGCUCUCCGAUCGUGUUCGCUGUGCUGGUGAACUUCUUCAUCUUCAUUCGGAUCAUCCGGAUCCUAAUGACCAAACUCAAGGCUCAUCAGAUGAGAUACACAGACUACAAGUUCCGACUGGCCAAAUCAACUCUGACCCUAAUUCCUCUGCUGGGAAUCCAUGUCAUCCUCUUCAUCUUUGUGGUGGAUGAGAACACAGCUCCCAUGGACCCUUUACGCAUUGCCAAGCUCUUCUACAACCUCUUCUUUAACUCCUUUCAGGGUUUGCUGGUGGCCAUCCUGUACUGCUUUGUCAACAAAGAGGUGCAGUCAGAGAUCCUGAAGAAAUGGAGGCGGUGGAAGUUGGGGAAGGACAUCGAUGAGGAGUACCGGCACACCCACAGCCAGACACCCCACGUGAAGAGUGGCAGUCUCGUGGCCAAUGCGCCCGAGCCACCUGAGGCCUCCAUGCAGGCAGAGACUACAAAGCCUUCUACAAGUGAUGCCCAACCCACAGAGAGCUGCCAGCUGGUCACCAGCUGUCCAAAUAGUACCAAGUUGGGCAAGCUUGAUGAGAAAUUCCCUGACCUGCCACAGGAUGGCAUCAACUCCUGUAGCGCCUUUGUUGAGAGUGCCUGCGUGGAGGAUAAUAUGCAGGGCUACGAAUUGCCACCAGUUGUUGCUGUUUCAGAAUGAAGGCAUGGUGGUGGUUAACCCCUCUGGAAACACUGUUGACUUAUAGAGCCCUGUCAGGCAUGGACCCCAGACAAAGAGGGUGCAGGGAGAGGAUGCAAGGGAAAUCUGCAGUUAUUUUUUCUUGUGGCAUUGUGUGCCCUGGGAAACACACAUCAUGUUGCCCAUCGUUAUGCCAGACCCUCUCCACAAUCCAAAACUCCGAGAGUAUACUCUGUCCGUGGUCUCCCAUUACCAUGCUGAAGAGUAAUGUGCAGGCCUUUGUGUACCUGUGCAGGCAGCCAUAUUUUUUCCCCCUAUUUUAAAUGUACAGAUGCUGUGAUGAUCGUCUGCACUUGCUUAUGCCUGUUUUAUGAAAACAUAGACACAUGGCAUCUCAAAGAUCUGGGGAAUAGGUCACGCUUGCUAAAAGAAGGCAAGAGUUUAUCUGGGAUACUCAGUAUGGAGUUUGAUAAAAAAUCCACAACGUAAACAGUCAUGGUUCGUCAAAGAAAAAUUGUCAGCUGGGGGAUGCAAAGUGAGCAAAGACAUGUGAGCAAAUCCCAGUGCUGGCUGAGGACAGUGUGCAGGAGAGUAGCGAGCAUGCUGACCAAGGUCAGUACACUGGAGCAUGGCGGGCAGGCCGGCCGAGCACAGCUUGCAGUAGUGCAGGAGAGUAGUGAGCAUGCUGACCAAGGUCAGUACACUGGAGCAUGGCGGGCAGGCUGGCCGAGCACAGCGUGCAGUAGUGCAGGAGAGUAGCGAGCAUGCUGACCAAGGUCAGUACACUGGAGCAUGGCGGGCAGGCCGGCCGAGCACAGCGUGCAGUAGUGCAGGAGAGUAGCGAGCAUGCUGACCAAGGUCAGUACACUGGAGCAUGGCGGGCAGGCCAGCCGAGCACAGCGUGCAGUAGUGUAGCAGGUAUGUUGACUCAGCACAUUUUCUGUUCACAGAGCAUAUCACUCACAUGCAGAUGUAACAUUAUAUGCUGACAUGUAUAGGCCUUGGUUGGCAUCAACAUACUGAGUAAAAUGUGGCAAAAUUCAGUGAGAGCCAGGGUUUGCAGCUGAAGACAGAGGAAGUGAACGAGUUACACAGUAAAGCUAGUCUGUAGAGGCGGGAUGUUUCAGAAGGAGUAACAUAGUGAAAAUAUGUGAGUGCAGACGAAGCCUCCGAACACCACAGCAGUUAUGUUCCUGUCUUACCUAAGGACGUCCGCUCUGGCAUGAUGAUACCAGUCCCUUGUCGACCGUGGUCACUAAACAUAAAACUCACAAAAGACACCAGCCCACCACUGCUACUGCUGGCUCCAGUCCAACUCUCCUAAAAUGCUGGAGCAUGAUGUGCAUAGUCUGAAAGAAACAGCUGAUGUCACCUUGUAAGCUAAGGAUUGAAGAAACCAAAUAAACAACAGUGGAAUUGCCUGACCUUCACUCUUUGGAUUCGCACUCCAUGACAAACAGACAUUCGCUCAUGCGCACACAGAGACUGCACUGUGACACAGAUGGCCUCUCUCUACAUCCAGAAGAUGGAAUCAUAAUCUCUCCUUGAGUAAAAUGGCAGCUUAUUUGGCCCAGAGGUGAAAUGCCUCCUGCUUUUGUGGGGAAGACUGUUGGAUCAGUUUCAUUUGCUCUCGGUGGAUGAGAUUUUCUUCAUAUUAUUAUAUGUGACUUUAUCAGAGACAAUACAAAACAUCCUAUUCUACUGAACAAUGGAUCAAAUUUAUGAAUGAAAAAUGAGGAUUUUUUUAAAUAA